UCUGAGCAGGUUUAAUGCUAAUUGAAGCCCCGCCGGGGAGCCGACAGGAGCCAUUUUGUGCGUUCACUUCACACAAGGAGGAGAGUUGCCGCGGGCGGAGGGAACGGGACGGGCGGGGAAGCGUUGACCAUGUACCGGCCGGGAGAGUGGGGUCGCCGGGAGAGCGGGGCGCGGCGGAGGCUGGAGUGAGGAGCCGGGACGGAUGGGGCAGCGACGCUGGAGCCGGCGAUGCGUUGACCGAGCUAUGGAGGUGUGUGCGCUGCGCUGGGCGCUGCUGACCUGCCUGCUCGCCCAGCCGCCUCUGUCGGAGGGCUUUACCCUGCACCUCCCCGAGAGCUCGGAGGCCGGCACCUUGCUGUUGGAACUGGCCGCUGCUCGGAGCUGUGAGCUGCGCCGGCUCUGGGCGCCAGCCGCCGUCAGGACUUACAUAGAGCCGGGCUGGAGGUCGGGCACGGUGCGCCUGUCCCGCCGCCUGCGUUGCGCCGCUCUGCCCACCAACCCGUUCACCCUGCGCCUGGACGCCCGCUGCCACCGCCGCCGCCACCGCCGUGGCUCCGGACAGCACCUGAGCACCAUCUCCAUCCACACCGACAUCCAUGUCCACGGCCGCCACUGCAUCGCCAAACGCCGGCGCAACCGUGGCGCAGACGUGGAGAUCGUGACUCUCCAAACUUCACCCUGCCUCGCCGCUGGACAACCCGUCCACACCCUCUGGGAGCUCUUCCCGAUCGCCCUCACCCCCUGCCCGCCCUGGCACUGCCAACUGGAAGACGGCCCCUUAGUCCUGGCUUGGGACGGGGAACUGCGGAGCCGGGAGAAGGUUUGCCUCAAGAGGACAGAGUGUAUCCGGGUGCAGGUCCGCUGCCCCAACGAGUGCGGGACGGGACGGGCCAGAGCCGCGGCCAAUGUCACCAUCGAGCUGAGAGUCACUGGGGAGUCCACCUGGGGAAGUUCUUCCAAGCUUCUGGCCGCGGACCAAGACCGCGGGAGGCCCCGGAGAUGGAAGAGGAACGCCAACACCGGCCCCCAGUUCCAGCCUCCAAUCUACCAGGUGUCGGUGGCGGAGAACAUGGUCCCGGGGGCCAGGGUGGUCACGGUGAGGGCGGUGGACCCAGACGAGGGCGAGUCCGGCAGGUUGGAGUACUCCAUGAACGCCCUCUUCGACAGCAGGUCCAACAGCCUGUUCGUCAUGGAGCCGGCCACCGGAGCCGUGAUCACGGCCGAGAGCCUGGACCGGGAGACCAAGGACAUCCAUGUGUUCAGGGUGAUGGCCGUGGACCACGGCAGUCCCCGGCGGACGGCAAUGGCCACCCUCACGGUCACCGUGAGCGACGCCAACGACCACGACCCGCUGUUCGAGCAGCGGGAGUACAAAGAGAGCGUGAGGGAGAACCUGGAGAUCGGCUACGAGGUUCUGACGGUGAGGGCCACCGACGGAGACGCCCCUCCCAACGCCAACAUUCUGUACCAGAUCCUCAACGGCCAGGGGCAGAACCAGGUGUUCGAGAUCGACCCCAGGUCGGGGGUGAUGAGAACAAGGGGGCCCGUGGACAGGGAGAGUGUCGAGAGCUACCAGUUGUUGGUGGAGGCCAACGAUCAAGGGAGGAACCCCGGCCCCCGGAGUUCCACCGCCACCGUCCACAUCACGGUGGAAGAUGACAACGACAACACCCCGCAGUUCAGCGAGAAGAGGUACGUGGUCCAGGUGCUGGAAGAUGUUGCCCCCAACACGCAGGUCCUGCAGGUCACGGCCUCCGACCGCGACAAGGGCAACAACGCGCUUGUCCACUACAGCAUCAUGAGCGGCAACACCAGGGGGCAGUUUUACAUCGACGCCCACAGCGGCAGCAUCGACGUGGUGAGCCGCCUGGACUACGAGACCAACAAGGAGUACACGCUGCGGAUCAGGGCGCAGGACGGCGGGAGGCCCCCUCUGUCCAACAUCACCGGCAUGGUGAGCGUGAUGGUGGUGGAUGUCAACGACAACGCGCCCAUGUUCGUCAGCACCCCCUUCCAGUCCACCGUGCUGGAGAAUGUGCCCGUGGGCUACUCCAUCAUCCACGUCCAGGCCAUCGACGCGGACUCGGGCAACAACUCCCGGCUGGAGUACCGGCUGACCGACUCGCCCCCGGACUCCCCCUUCUCCAUCAACAACAACACCGGGUGGCUGGUGGUCGGCUCGGAGCUGGACCGGGAGACGACGGCCUUCUACCGCUUCGGCGUGGAGGCCAGGGACCAGGGCUCCCCGCCAAUGUCCUCCACGGCCAGCAUCAGCAUCACCGUGUUGGAUGUCAACGACAACAACCCCGAGUUCACCCAGCCGCUGUAUCAGGUCCGGCUGAACGAAGACGCGGCGGUCGGCUCCAGCGUGGUGACCGUCUCCGCCAUCGACCGGGACGUCAACAGUUUGGUCACCUACCAGAUCUCCAGCGGCAACACGCGGAACCGCUUCUCCAUCACCAGCCAGAGUGGCGGCGGCCUCAUCACCCUGGCCCUGCCCCUGGAUUACAAACUGGAGCGGCAGUACAUACUCACCGUGACCGCCAGCGACGGGACGCGACUGGACACCGUGAAGGUCUUCAUCAAUGUCACCGACGCCAACACACACAGGCCCGUGUUUCAGAGUUCCCAUUACACCGUCAACAUCAACGAGGACCGACCUGUUGGCACCACCGUCGUGAUCAUAAGCGCGACCGAUGAAGACACGGGCGAAAAUGCUCGGAUUACUUACUUCAUGGAGGACAGCAUCCCUCAGUUUAAAAUUGAACCCGAUUCGGGGGCGGUUACAACACUAAUGGACCUCGACUAUGAAGACCAGGUUUCCUACACUUUGGCCAUCACUGCAAAAGACAACGGGAUCCCCCAGAAGUCUGACACCACCUACCUUGAGAUCCUCGUGAACGAUGUGAACGACAAUGCUCCUCAGUUCCUGAGGGACCAUUACCAAGGGUCCAUUUACGAAGAUGUCCCCACUUUCACCAGCGUCGUCCAGGUAUCGGCCACCGACCGCGACUCUGGAUUGAACGGCCGGGUGUUUUACACCUUCCAAGGUGGAGAUGAUGGGGAAGGAGACUUCAUCAUUGAGACAACCUCUGGGAUCGUUCGCACCCUCCGUAGACUCGACAGGGAGAACGUUCAGGUCUACCAGCUGAAGGCCUUUGCAGUGGAUAAAGGCGUCCCGGCGAUGAGGACUCCCAUCAAUGUCCAGGUCAUGGUGAUGGACGUUAACGACAACCCUCCCGUCUUUGAGAAGGACGAGUUUGACAUCUUUGUGGAUGAGAACAGCCCCAUUGGGCUGGUGGUGACCCGCAUCACUGCCACAGACCCGGAUGAAGGCACAAAUGCACAAAUUAUGUACCAGAUUGUGGAGGGGAAUAUUCCUGAGGUGUUCCAGCUGGAUAUCUUCUCUGGAGAGUUGACUGCGCUGAUGGAUUUGGAUUAUGAAACUAAGUCGGAGUACGUCAUUGUGGUCCAGGCCACGUCUGCACCCCUGGUCAGCAGAGCCACCAUUCAUCUUCGCCUCGUGGAUAAAAACGACAAUGUCCCUGUGCUGAAGAACUUUGAGAUCAUUUUCAACAACUAUGUCACGAAUAAAUCCAGCAGUUUUCCCUCUGGGAUCAUCGGCAGGAUCCCAGCCCAUGACCCAGAUGUCUCUGACAGUCUUUAUUACAACUUUGACCAUGGGAAUGAAUUAAAUCUGGUCUUUCUCAAUCAAACGACUGGGGAGCUAAGCUUGAGUCAUGCUCUGGACAACAACAGGCCGCUUGAAGCCACCAUGAGAGUUUCUGUGUCUGAUGGCAUUCACAGCGUCACUGCCCAGUGCACCCUGCAGGUCACCAUCAUCACCGACGAAAUGCUGAGCAACAGCAUCACCCUUCGCUUGGAGAACAUGUCCCAGGACCGCUUCCUCUCCCCCCUUCUCUCCCUCUUUGUGGAGGGAGUGGCGACGGUGUUGGCCGCCAUGAAAGAGGACAUUGUGAUCUUCAACAUACAGAACGACACGGACGUAAAGGCCACGAUCCUCAACGUCAGCCUCUCCGUGCUGGUCCCCGGUGGGGCCCACAAUCAGUUCUUCUCCUCCGAAGACCUGCAGGAGCAGAUUUACCUGAACCGUACCCUCUUGACGGCCAUUUCCACCCAAACGGUGCUGCCGUUCGACGACAAUAUCUGCCUGCGGGAGCCCUGCGAGAACUACAUGAAGUGUGUGUCUGUGCUGAAGUUCGACAGCUCGGCCCCGUUCAUCACCUCCAACACCAUCCUGUUCCGUCCCAUCCAUCCCAUCAACGGCCUGCGGUGCCGGUGCCCUGCCGGAUUCACCGGGGACUACUGCGAGACAGAGAUCGACCUGUGCUACUCCAACCCCUGUGGCAACCAUGGCACCUGUCGUAGCCGGGAAGGUGGAUUCACCUGCGAAUGUCACGAAGACUACACAGGUCAUCGCUGUGAAGUGAACACCCGGUCGGGCCGGUGUUCUCCAGGGAUUUGCCGGAACGGCGGGGCGUGUGUGAACCUGCUGGUGGGUGGCUUCAAGUGCGAGUGUCUGCCGGGGGAGUACGAGCGCCCGUACUGCGACGUCACCACCCGCAGCUUCCCCCGGCAGUCCUUCAUCACCUUCAAAGGCUUGCGGCAGCGGUUCCACUUCAGCCUCUCCCUCAUGUUUGCCACCAAGGAGAAGAAUGCCUUGCUGUUAUAUAACGGGCGUUUCAAUGAGAAACAUGACUUCAUUGCCCUGGAGAUAAUCAAUGAACAGAUUCAGUUAACAUUCUCUGCAGGCGAGUCGACAUCAAUGGUCUCCCCGUACAUCCCUGGCGGUGUGAGCGACGGGCAGUGGCACACAGUCCAUCUACGCUACUACAACAAGCCAAUGAUUGGGAAGUCUGGUGUUCCCCAAGGACCUUCCGAACAGAAGGUUGCCGUGGUUACUGUCGAUGACUGUGACACCUCAGUGGCGUUGCGCUUCGGAAGUUUAAUUGGAAAUUAUUCCUGUUCGGCGCAAGGAACACAGUCGGGAUCCAAAAAGUCCCUGGAUUUGACGGGGCCACUUCUCCUCGGUGGUGUUCCCAAUCUGCCCGAAGACUUUCCGCUCCAGAACCACGAAUUUAUGGGAUGCAUGAAGAACUUGUUGAUAGAUAACCAGCAAAUCGAUAUGGCUGAUUUCAUCGCAAACAACGGCACAGUGACAGGGUGCUCUGCCAAGUGGAACUUCUGCGACUCGAACACCUGCAAGAACGGAGGGACCUGUGUCAACCGGUGGGAGACCUUCAGCUGUGAAUGUCCGCUGGGGUUUGGCGGAAAAAACUGUGAGCAAGUAAUGGCCAGUCCCCAACGGUUCCUGGGCAACAGCCGUGUUUCAUGGACUAACCUGGCCGGCACCAUCACGCUGCCCUGGUGCGUGGCCAUGAUGUUCCGUACGCGCCAGGAGACGGGAACCUUCAUCCAAGCAGACGCCGGUCAAUUCUCCACACUCACCAUUCAGCUGAGGGAAGGUAACGUGAUGUUAAACGUGUACCGAUCAAGUAGCCAGGUCACGGCGCUUACAAUGGACCAAAUCAAAGUGAACGAUGGCGAUUGGCACCAUUUGCAGCUGGAGCUGAAAAGUUCCAGAGAUGGAACUGAAGCCAAAUACACAGCCCUGAUAUCGAUAGACUAUGGGCUGCACCAGACGAUGGUGGAAAUCGGCAAUGAGCUGCAUGGGCUGAAGCUGAAGACGAUCAGCAUCGGUGGGGUGCCGGACAACAAUGGCAGCGUGCUGCUGGGCUUCCGAGGAUGUAUGCAGGGGGUGCGGAUUGGUGAGACGCCAGUCACCACUGUGGCCCUGAACGUCAACCAUGCUGAGAAGGUCAACGUGGAACGAGGUUGCAGCCUUCCUGACCCUUGUGACUCGAGCCCGUGUCCCACCAACAGCUACUGCAAUGACGAUUGGGACAGCUACUCCUGUAGCUGUGACCCAGGUUAUUAUGGUGAGGAAUGCAAGGACGUGUGCUCCCUCAAUCCCUGUGAACAUCUCUCUGUCUGCAGCCGUAAGCCCAGUUCAUCGCACGGUUACACCUGUGACUGUUCAUCGAAUUUCUUUGGGCAAUACUGCGAAACUAAGAUUGACCAACCUUGUGCUAGAGGAUGGUGGGGUCACCCUGUGUGUGGACCUUGCGACUGUGACGUGAGGAAUGGGUUUGACGCUGAUUGUAACAAAACCUCCGGAGAAUGCAGAUGCAAGGACAACUAUUACUGGCCUGCGGGAAGCAAUGCCUGCCUGCCCUGUGACUGUUACUCCAUGGGUUCUCUCUCGCGACCAUGUGACAUGGAGACGGGACAGUGCCAGUGUAAACCUGGUGUCAUCGGACAACAUUGUGACCGUUGUGACAAUCCUUUCGCAGAAGUCUUCAUUAAUGGAUGUGAAGUGAUUUACGACAGUUGUCCACGGGCCAUGGAGGCAGGGAUCUGGUGGCCAAGGACCAAGUUUGGAUUACCUGCUGCCGUGCCUUGCCCCAAAGGAUCGACCGGCACGGGUAUUCGACACUGCGAUGAGCACAGGGGUUGGCUCCCUCCAGAUCUGUUCAACUGUACCACCAAUACCUUCGCCGAGCUGAAAACCUUAGCUGAGAAACUGAAGAGGAACGAAACGGUGCUGGACAUGGACAAGUCGAAGAGAAUAGCCCUGCAGUUGUGGAACGCCACUCAGCACACACGCAAAUAUUUUGGCAGCGAUGUGAAGAUAGCGUACCAUGUCACCUCAAAGAUCUUGGAAUUUGAGAACUCCCAGCGAGGCUUUAACUUGGCGGCAACCCAGGACGUCCAGUUUACGGAGAACCUUAUUGAGGUUGGAAGCUCGAUCCUUGAUGCGAGUAACAAGAGGCACUGGGAUCUCAUUCAACAGACGGAUGGCGGGGCUGCUCACCUGCUCAAACACUAUGAAGAUUACGCAAGUGCGCUGGCUCAGAACAUGAGGAAGACCUACCUCAGCCCCUUCACCAUCGUCACCCCAAACAUCGUGAUUUCCGUUGAUCGCCUUCACAAAGCGAACUUCUCCGGAGUGAAGCUCCCACGCUACGACUUCAUCCGAGGAGAGAAACCGCGGGAUUUGGAAACAAUUGCAAUCCUUCCCGAGUCGAUCUUCACACCGGCAGAAAUCAAAGAGAGCUCGAAAGUGCCAACCCCCUCUCCUGAAGAGGAGAGCACGCCCUUGAACAGAAAGAGACGGCAUCCAGAUCCGAUUGAAGAAGAUGCCAUAGUCAGCAUCAUCAUCUACUGGUCACUGGGAGAACUUCUACCAGAACAGUAUGAUCCUGACAAAAGAAGUCUCAGGGUGCCGAAGCGGCCAGUGAUCAACAGCCCUGUGGUUACUGUGGCCGUCCACGACCACGAUGAGUUGCUGCAACACCAACUGGAGAAGCCCAUCAGAGUGCAGUACCGGCUCUUCCACACCGAGGAGAGGACCAAGCCCAUCUGCGUCUUCUGGAACCACUCCAUCCCACUCGGUGUGUCGGGCGGUUGGUCGUCGAAGGGAUGUGAAUUAAUCUUCCGCAAUGCGAGCCACAUCAGCUGCCAGUGCCACCAUAUGACCAGCUUCGCUGUCCUCAUGGACAUCUCCAGACGAGAGAACGGAGAGAUCCUGCCGCUGAAGCUGGUCACCUACUCCACGGUGGGCGUGACUCUGGGGUCCCUGUUCUUCUCCUUCCUCCUGCUCCUCAUGCUCCGCUCCCUUCACUCGAACCAGCAUAGCAUCAGCAAGAACAUGGUGGUGGCACUCUUCAUGUCCGAGCUCAUCUUCCUCCUCGGCAUCAACCAGGCGGACAACGCGUUUGUCUGCACUGUCAUUGCCAUCCUGCUCCACUUCUUCUACAUGUGCACCUUUGCCUGGAUGCUACUGGAGGGCCUGCACAUCUACCGCAUGUUGACCGAAGUCCGUGACAUCAACUACGGCCCCAUGAGGUUCUACUACAUGAUCGGCUGGGGAGUCCCCGCCUUCAUCACAGGUUUGGCGGUUGGCCUUGAUCCGGAAGGCUAUGGUAAUCCGGACUUCUGCUGGCUCUCCAUCUAUGACACGUUGAUCUGGAGCUUUGCUGGGCCCAUCUCUGCAGCAGUCUCUAUGAAUGUUUUCCUGUACAUUCUGUCCACCAAAGCUUCCUGCAGACCGAGGCAUCAAGGUUUUGAGAAGAAGGGGACUGUAUCGGGACUGCGUACAGCGUUUGUGGUGCUCCUGCUAGUCAGCACCACCUGGCUCUUGGCCUUGCUUGCCGUGAACAGUGACACCAUCAUCUUCCACUACCUCUUCGCUGGUUUUAAUUGUCUCCAGGGUCCAUUCAUCUUCAUCUUCCGUUGUAUCCUCAACAAGGAAGUAAGGAAAGCCUUUAAGAAUGUAUUCAGUAAGAAGAACUCCAAUGAUACUGUGGUCACAACGAAAUCAACACUUGCAUCACAGUCAUUGUGCAAUAACACCUACAUUGAUGGGCGGACGUAUCGAUCAGCGUUUGGUGACUCCACUGGGUCAGUGGGCAAUGAUUCAAGGUCAGGGAAAAGCCACAACAGCUACAUAGCAUUUGUUCUCAGGGAAGAAGCAGCCUUGAAUAACAGUGGUUCAAGUCAAGCCCACAUUGCUCUCACUGACCACGCCACAUCAUUAUUCCACGAGAUUAAGGCAAACCCGGAUGAUCAUGAUUCAGAUUCUGACAGCGAUCUUUCUCUGGAAGAUGACCAAAGUGGAUCUUAUGCAUCCACCCAUUCUUCUGACAGUGAGGACGAUGAGGCGUAUCGAGGGGAGCCAGGCUGGGAGAAUAUUAUCUCCCAAAAUAAUGAACAUCAUCCGAACCACAGUACUCCCAAAGUGGAAAACAUACCUGCGCACGACACACCUUGCUGGCCCGGGGAGUUUAUGAUGAUGCCCAGUCAAGGUGAAGAGCAUGGUGGAUCGGGGAACCUGAAUGUGGAGACGGUGGCUAACAUCGAGCUACACCAAGAGAAACUCAAUCACGUAGAUGAAAGGCCAAAGGAAAACGGAGACGAUCUGUACAAAGAAGAUGUCCUAACGUCAUUGCCAAACCCUACUACACAGCCUCAGAGAGGAAUUCUGAAAAAUAAAGGGUUACCCCUGUUCUCGGAGAGGAACAGUAUUAAUCGAAUACACAACGAACUUUCCAAUCAUAUAUCUGCCACCGUCUGCUCUCGUGCUUCUUCAGUGGGAUCGAGUGAAGGGAGCCGAUCGGGCGGGGUGACAAAACUGAGGCAAGCGAUGGGCGAGCAGAUAAAUGGGGUCAUGCCCAUACCCAUGAGCAUUAAAACAGGCACGGUGGAUGAAGAUUCAUCAGGCUCUGAUAGCAGUGGUGAGACUUCGAUAUGACAUCUCAAUCCAGCACGGGACACUAUGAACUGCUAAAUCUACAGAGAUGUCACUUUGCUCACUUCAGGCAGCACAGGGGACUUGCUGCAGCCUUGACCAGGGUACAGAGCUGCAAAUAAACAAACACUUAAAUGUGAAGAAACCGCUGUCACGUGGAGAGUGCGUCCUGGAAAGUGUAACUGCUGGAUAUCAUUGGUGCCAAAUUAUGUUGGGCAUUGAUCUGUUUCUGCAUCGUGCUAUGGUCAAAGUGGGUGCUAGGAGCACAGGUUAAAAACAUUUUCAAAAGGCACCCGAACAUAUUUAAGAGCACUCAGGACAACUAAAAUUCUAAGAAGUGAGAGCUUCAGAGCUUCGUGUUCUCAAAUAACGUGCAAAAAGGAUGGAAGACUUGAAGCUUCAGGGAAUAUAUUGCAACUACUGUUUUUAAAAUUAAGGUUUGUGUUUGAAGAUUCCCCAAGAUGACCUUGAUCACAAUUGUUUUGACUCCCGCCAGUAACGAGACAUGCAAUAAGGGAACACACUGGAGUAUAUAGCCAUGGCCAUUUCAGUUUAACGCUGCAAGUUUUGAGAUACAAACAAAAUAUUUCAUUACUUCAAAAUUACGCGAACGUUUAGCUUGGCGUUUUUUAUUCUAUCAGACAGAUAUCAGAAAUAAGGCUAGAAAGAAGGAACUGCAUGUGCUGGUUUACAUAAUAGGACACAUGGUGCUGGAGUAAUUGAGCGGGUCAGACAACAUCUCUGGGGAAAAUGGAUAUCCAAAUGCUCCAUAAAUGCUGACUGACCCGCUGAAUUACUCCAGCACUUUGUGUCCUUUUUCAUCUGAUAUAAGGUAUCAGGAAGUGUGUAUUUUUCUUACUAAAACCAUUACUUCACUAUUUAGAAAUGAAUGUCCAGAAGAAUAAAAAUGCUGGCUGUCAUACUUUAUAUUAAACAUUUUCUGCAUUCCAAAUCUACACACUACGAACCAGAUAUUCAUUGUUUGUUAAAUUUAGAUUUAUUAACGUCUAAUCCACCCGUUUUAAUAUUUGUGUGGACAUUGAUUGAAGUAUGCCUAUCCUUCGAGUUUGCCUUUGGGAAGCUUCAUUGCCAUUAGUUGAGUAUUGGUUGUGAGACCACAAACUGAACUGACGGCUGUACACAUGUAAGUCGAUAAACUGUAACCAGGUCCCACGUAUGUGGGGGAGAUACUUGCCUUUAGCCACACGGCCUUUCACGCUCCAGGUAUAGUGGAGUGGUUCUCAGACCAAUGCGUACUUGAACAUUUUUUUUACAAGACAGCUGUUUGUAGAUAUUUUGAUAUCAUUGUUAAUUUGUCUUGAGAGAAAAUGUGCUGUACAUGGUUUUUCUUUCUUUUUACAGUUGGUUAACAUAGCUCUAAAAGUGAGUAGGAAAUCCAGGAUGUUUUAUUUAAAGAAUGCUGCUCAUUUUUCUCCUGUUAAUAUGAUGUUUGUUCAUAUUGUAUAGAUUAUUUUGAUUGAAAGCAAAAGCUUCCACUAUUUUAUCUGAAGAACAUUUGGUGAAUUUGUUUUCCAUUGAUGUCUUCACCAAAAAGUUUGAAAAUGAAAUGCUUUCUCAAAGUGAAUUGUACAGUGAAUUCCUUAAUGUAUAUAUUGUAGGUUUUUAAAUAAAUGUAGUUGAAACGGGUUGAGUAACCUGAAAUUAAAGUUUUGCCACAUUA